AUGCUUACCACCUUCUUCUGUCUUGUCGUUGCGGCACACGCCUCGGCCGCAUCUCUGAAGCAUGCUCGCGAUUCAUUCAACCCGUCAACAUAUGCCAAAGAAGAUGUCAUUGAGCGAGACUUUGCCAUCAUAGGUGGUGGAGCAGCAGGGACAUUUGCAGCCUUGAACUUGGCCAAGAAGAACAAAUCCAUUGUCCUGGUCGAGGCCAGAGAUAGACUUGGUGGAAACACUAGGACCUUUCACGACCCUGCCGCUGGUGUCUAUGUCGAUUUUGGUGUGCAGGUGCACCUGGACGACUCCACCGUUCGCGACUUUUUCGACAGUCUGGACGUGCCUCUGGCUGCUCCGACUGCCAACCAGUGGGGCACCAGCGCAUACUACGACUUUGCCAAGAGAGUUGCCCUGCCCAGCUUUACACGAGGUAGCAUUGGGGAUGACUACAUCGCUCAGCUCGACAAGUAUUCUUGUGUGCAGGACCUCAACGGUUUGCCCAGUUCCGUUCCUGAGAACCUGCUCUUGACGUGGCCGGAGUACGUCGAGAAGAACAACCUCUCAGAGAGCUCGGCCAAGGGAGGUCUUUCUUGGCCGGCCACUCCCAGCAAUCUCUUGGACGCCACUGCUCUCGCCGUUCUGAACGACGGAAACUUCAUCGAGAUCGCUGAGUUUAGUGGCUCGGGUGUCUACAGCGCUGCUCACGACAACUCUGCCAUCUUCGUCAACGCUCUGGCCCAGCUGAAUCCGCACGUGCUUCUAGAGUCUCGCAUCACUGCUGCCCAGCGUUCGCUGUCUCGCAAUGACAGCGUGCUGCUCGUUGCCCAGACCCCGUCGGGCCAAAAGCUCAUCCGGGCCAAGCAGCUCAUCCUUGCGAUGCCACCCAUCUUAGACAACACACAGUAUUUCGACCUCGACAAGACGGAGAUGUCAAUUCUGAGCAACUUAUCCGGAAAGCACUACUAUGGUGGCGUUGUGAAUAACACUGGUCUGGAUGACAGCAUCGCGUACACCAAUGCAGGCGUCGACACUCUAUACAACGUUGCCAAUGUGCCUGGUAUCGUCGAAGUUGCUGCAUCAGCUUUUGCCGGUUACCACUUUUACUGGUACAACUCGAUCGAGGCAACAACACAAGACACGGUGGAGGAGGCAGCUCGAAGCACCAUCAAAUGGCUACAGACGCAGACAGAUGCCUCAGACGUCGAGCCGACCUUUCUCGACUACCAAGACUUCUCACCCUUUCAUCUCGCCCCUCCGACUGAGGAUAUUGCCAAUGGUUGGUAUGGCAAGAUGAAGGGUCUCCAGGGUUACCGGAAUACGUGGUAUAUCAGCUCGCUGUUUGUUGUUGGCGCGACGCAGAUCUGGAACAAUACCCUGAACAUCCUUCCCGAUAUCAUUCAGGCUGCCGAUUUGUUCAACUAG